AAAAAAAAGAAAAAUGAAAAAGAAAAAAGAAAGAAGGUAUAGAUAAAUAGAAUACCCUAAAGGCCAACAAACUAAAGAGAUUCCCUCCCCACACCAGCUAAAAAAAAGCCCAACAACACGUCCUCCGCCAAACAAUGACGACGAGGGGGGAGAACCUUUCUCCGCUUCUGCUCCUCCUCCUCGGCUUCGCUCUGUCAGUAGCCGCCACAAGUGCGGAGAAGACGUAUAUCGUGUACCUCCGAGAGCAGUCGGGAGAGAAAACGGCGGAGGAGAUAGAAGGAAGCCACCACUCGUACCUGUCGUCCGUGAAGGAAUCCGAGGAAGAGGCCAGAGCCUCCCUCAUCUACAGCUACAAGCACAGCAUCAAUGGCUUUGCCGCUUCCCUCACCUCUCUACAGGCCGCCAGGCUCAGAGAAGCGGGAGAAGUGGUGGGCGUGGUGGAGAGCCGGCCGGGGAAGUACUCGACCCAAACGACAAGGUCGUGGGAAUUCGCGGGGCUGAAUGAGGCCGCGGCUUAUUCCGUGGCCCAGGAAGAGCCCAAUAUGCUUCACAGGGCUGGCUAUGGCAAGUCCGUCAUCGUUGGAGUCCUCGACAGCGGGGUGUGGCCAGAGGCAGAAAGUUUUGGCGAGCAAGGGCUAGGACCCAUCCCUAGAUCAUGGAGAGGAAUCUGCCAAACCGGACAAGCUUUCAACUCCUCUCAUUGUAACAAGAAAAUCAUCGGAGCGCGAUACUACGUGAAAGGGUUUGAGAAGUAUUACGGCAAACUGAACGAAACGGAGGAUUACAGGUCACCGCGUGACAAGGACGGUCAUGGGACCCACACGGCCUCCACGGUGGCUGGCCGCCAAGUCCACAACGUAUCGGCUUUCGGUGGAUUUGCCAAGGGAACGGCCUCGGGCGGGGCACCCUUGGCCCGGCUGGCCAUCUACAAGGUGUGCUGGGCCAUCCCCAAGCAGGAGAAGGCGAUGGGCAACACCUGCUUCGAGGAAGACAUGCUAGCCGCCAUGGACCAGGCCAUCGCCGACGGUGUCCACGUCAUCAGCAUCUCCAUCGGAACCCAGACUCCCGUCAACCACACCGACGACGCCCUCUCCAUCGGGGCCCUGCACGCCAUGAAGAGAAACGUCGUCAUUGUAUGUGCCGCUGGAAAUUCCGGCCCCGCCCCCGCCACGCUGUCCAAUCCCCCGCCGUGGAUCCUCACCGUCGGCGCCAGCAGCCUGGACCGUGCAUUUCAUGGGCCUCUUGUCCUUGGAAAUGGCAAAACGAUCAAGGUGGGGGGACAAACCGUAACUCCGUACAGCGUUCUCAGGGCGCUCCCACUGGUGUACGCAGCCGACGCCGUCCGCGCUGGGGUACCAAAGAACGAAACGAACCAGUGCCUUCCCAACUCUCUCUCGACGGAAAAGGUGAAGGGGAAAAUAGUGUUGUGCAUGAGAGGCGCAGGGUUGAGAGUUCUCAAGGGGCUGGAAGUGAAAAGGGCUGGCGGGGCGGGGUUCAUCCUCGGCAACGGCGCCAGUAACGGCAACGAAGUGUCCGUCGACGCUCAUGUACUCCCGGCGACCGCCGUGGUCUACAAGGAGGCGCUUGACAUCAUGGGCUACAUUAGCUCCACCAAGAAUCCAACGGCUAGCAUCGGAGAGGCAAAGACCGUGUUAGGGUAUAAGCCGGCGCCUUUCAUGGCCGGAUUCACUAGUCGAGGCCCCAACGUCAUUCAUCCGUAUGUCCUUAAGCCUGACAUCGCGGCUCCGGGACUCAACAUACUGGCAGCAUGGAGUGAAGCUUCCCCGCCGACAAAACUAUCAACAGAUAAAAGAAUUGUUAAGUACAAUAUUGAAUCCGGAACUUCCAUGGCUUGCCCUCAUGUCGCCGGUUUAGCUGCACUUCUCAGAUCCCUACACCCAACUUGGAGCAGCGCCGCCGUCAGAUCUGCCAUCAUCACAACCGCAUGGAUGAAGAACAACAUGGGGGAGGCAAUAAAGGAUCCGUCGGGGGAGACAGCCACGCCCUUCCAGUUCGGGUCGGGUCACUUCCGCCCCUCCAAGGCAGAGGAUCCGGGUCUCGUGUACGACGCCUCGUAUAAAGACUACCUUCUCUACCUUUGCAGCUACGGAGUGAAGAGCGCCGACAAGGACUUUCACUGCCCGGAGAGUCCGCCGCCGACGUACGACCUCAACUACCCGUCGCUGUCUGUGGCGAAGCUCAAGGGGAGCAUAACCAUCAAGAGGACGGUGACCAACGUGGGAGGCGACGGGAAAGCCGUUUAUUUCUUCAGCGCCAAGCCGCCGUUAGGAAUCUCCAUCAAGGUCCGGCCCAGCAUUCUGUUCUUCACCCGCAUUGGGCAGCGGAAGAGCUUCACGUUGACGAUCAGGGCACGGAAUAACAGGACGACUACGAACAACUACUUCAAACAUGGCUACGGCUUUGGGUGGUACACUUGGAGGGAUAAUUACCAUGUCGUGAGAAGCCCGAUUGCAGUCUCUUUGGCCUAGGAACUAGGAAGUACGCGCGUCUUUGGAUUUCGAUACUCUCAUCAUCCAUUGUUUUAAAGGUCAUAUAGUUAGAGAUUUGGAUGGCAAAGGAUUAUAAGAAAACUAUACUAGAUUGGUGCCCACGUUAAUUUGUGAUUAAUCCAAUAUCACUACAGCAUGGCAAAUUCUACAUGGUGACAAUAAGGAUUUCCCUACUUUGUUUAUACUACAUUAUUAGGUCGGCCCUAAAUUGGAAAUUUAUUUUCUUUCCAUAGA